CUCACGCACACUCGUACGCGCCGACCGUGGCCUUCCUGACCAAUCAGAGUGAACUGCCGGUCCCCCAGAAGUGGGUGGGAGAGUUGUUGAAACAGAUGUCUGUCUCAGGACGAACAAACUUUGCAUUGGUGGUUUGGAGAAACCAAACUGCUGCUCACUGCCUCUCUGGAACCAGCUUGUGUUUUUUUGUUUUUGUUUUUGUUUUUUGUUUUUUCACCCUGUUAUUGCUGUUGAACCUGGGGUCUGUCAGGGCUAAACUGAAGUCUGGGAUGGCUGAGCUGGUGCGAAUCCGUAAGAAACGGCUGCAGAUACCCAUCUCUAGGUUGAGGAGCAUACUGAAGCAACUGGAAGAGAACGAUGUUGACUUUGAAGAAAUCAAAAAGAAUCUGGAGUUUACGGCGUCGUUACUGGAGGCGGUGUACCUGGACGGAACAAGGCAGUGUCUAGAGUCUGAGGAUGAUCUUCAGCAGCUGCAGUCGGACGGCGUGCCUUCAGAGGUCACCGACUGGCUGGCGUCCACUUUCACCCAGAGGGUGCAGCGCCGCGCGCGGCGCUCCGACGAGAAGCCCAAAUUCCGCAGCAUCGUCCACGCGGUGCAGGCCGGGAUAUUCGUGGAGAGGAUGUUUAAGAGGGCCUACACCGCCGCCGUCCCAGACCUACCUGCGGCGGUCGUAAACUGCCUGAGGGACGUGGACCGCUGGAGCUUCGACGUGUUCGCGCUGAACUCGGCCAGCUCUGAUCACGCGCUGGAGACCCUUUUCUUCGAGCUUCUCACCAAAUACGAGCUCAACAGCCGUUUCAAGAUCCCCAUCUCGUGCCUGACGGAGUUCAUGUCUGCUCUUGAGAGAGGAUACCGCAAAUACAACAACCCCUACCACAACCACGUCCAUGCUGCUGAUGUGACUCAGACGCUGCACUGCCUGCUGCUGCGCUCAGGACUCGUGCACUGGUUGACGGAGCUCGAGGUGAUGGCGUCACUUUUCGCGGCAGCCAUUCACGACUACGAACACACGGGAACCACGAACAGCUUUCACGUUCACACAAAUUCAGAGUUUGCACUGAUCUACAAUGAUCGAUCUGUGCUGGAAAGCCAUCACCUGAGCGCCGCGUUCCGGCUCCUGCAGGACAAACAAAUGAACAUUUUCAGUCAUUUGACCCGAGAAGAGUGGAUGGAGCUGCGCUCACUGGUGGUAGAGAUGGUGUUGUCCACCGACAUGUCCUACCAUUUACAACAGGUCAAAGCCAUGAAGUCCUGCCUGCAGCAGCACGAGCGGUACGACCGGCGUUCACUCUGGUGGUCCGUCGUCAUCAUCAUCAUCAUCACGUGUUCACUGCAGGUUCGUUUGUCCUCAACGAUGCUGUCGUUUCUCAGCAGCAUCGACAAGGCCAAAGCGCUUUCUCUGUUACUUCACACGGCCGACAUCAGUCACCCGUCCAAGCCCUGGGCGCUGCACUCACGCUGGACCAAAGUCCUCAUGGAGGAGUUCUUCAGGCAGGGCGAUAGAGAGGCAGAGCUCGGUCUCCCCUUCUCUCCUCUCUGCGAUCGAAAAAGCACGCUGGUAGCUGAGUCCCAGAUCGGUUUCAUAGACUUUAUCGUGUAUCCUACAUUCUCCCUGCUGACGGACAUGACCGAAAAGAUUGUCAUCCCUCUGGUGGAGGAGAAUCCAGAACCACCGGACCCUUGCAACCGACACAGUAACCUUUGGAAGGAGAGCUCCAGAGGUCUGCAGUGGAGCCUCGCCCACAUCACGGCCGAGCUGGUGAGCUUUCGCUCCACGUGGACGCGACACACUGAGGACAACAAGCUCAAAUGGAAGGAGAGCGGCUCCAACGGAUUUUCAGACGCGAGGCAGGCAAAAGAUUCCAGGUCGAGACAAGAGGAGCUGUCAGAGGAAUCCCAGCAAGUCCCGUCUAAAGAUAGAACGCAGUAGACAGUGCUUUUCUUUUUUUUUUCUUUUUUUUUUUGGACAUGUUAGAAUAUCUAUGUAUGGUAACUGAGGCUAUUACUGAUACGCAGUGCCUUAUAUUCUGUAUUCCGUUCCGAGACUUUUUUUUUGUAUGUUUCAGAUGGAGGUAAAAAUGUAGUUUUGUAAGGAAAUGGAGAAAAAAAAAACCCCCAGAGUGUAGUAUAGUACCUUAAUUUAAAUGCAAAAGUCUACAUGCUGGCCAUGUUACAGUAAACAGUAUAGUGUUGUUGUUAAUUUAACUUGACAUCAGAAUAAUCACGUAACCUAAUCAUGUAGAUGGAGUUAAACACAGAUCAUUUGUUAAAGCAAUAAAAAUUGAACCUUCU